AUGUCGUACCUCCUCUACUCCGUCUGCUUCGCCCUCUUCGUCGCUGCCACAGCGCUCUUCUUCACGCGCUCCUUCUGGCUGCGCCGCCUGCACGAAAUCCACCUCCCAGGCUCAGACUAUCUCUACUCCCGUCUGCCGUCGUCCUUUGCCGGCGACAUCGAGGCCGGCCUGUCGAGCAGCACCUUUGACCUCAACGGCAACAUCGAGGAUGGCGACGAGCGCGCCGGCCUGGACGAGGAGAGCAAGAUUGCCAUUCUCAAGAUCAUGAAGAGGCGGCGCAUGAAGUUUGACCAGGCGCGCAAGGCCUACAUGGAGGAGCGCUUCAAGGCCAACGGCAUUGGCGCGGAUGGCCGGCCGAGAGAUCCCAAGUUUGUCAGCUUCUCAUGA